AUGCAACAGCAACAACAGCAACGUCGAAUGUUCACAGCUGCCCUCCUGGCACUUGUUUUCAUUCUGGCAGCUGUGAGUACCACCGAGGCUGGCAAAAAAGAGAAACCAGAGAAAAAGGCGAAGAAGUCCGACUGUGGGGAAUGGCAGUGGAGUGUCUGUGUGCCCACCAGUGGUGACUGUGGCCUGGGGACACGCGAGGGCACUCGCACAGGAGCGGAGUGCAAGCAAACCACCAAGACUCAGAAGUGUAAGAUUCCCUGCAACUGGAAGAAGCAAUUUGGAGCUGAAUGCAAAUACCAGUUCCAGGCCUGGGGAGAAUGUGACUUGAAUACUGCCUUGAAGACUCGAACUGGGAACCUGAAGAGAGCCCUUCAUAAUGCUGACUGCCAGAAGACCGUCACAAUCUCAAAGCCCUGUGGGAAGCUUACCAAACCGAAACCUCAAG